GCAAUGUUUACUUCGGAAAUGGGGGUUUCGCACGUGUUUUGAAAAAUAUCAUACGGUAACUUUUGUUUUAUAAAUAUUACAUCCAAAAAUGUUGUAGAGUACAAUUUACUGUUAAUUGGAAAGUGAUAUUUGUUCCAAGACAAUUUUCACUUACCGGUUGAAUUAUAUCCAAACAAAAUCGUUAGACAUGGGCAAGAAAAGAAAAUUAGCAGCGAACCAAGACGACUUCGAGUAUGAUCCAAAACCUAAGCAUUUAGUUGCAUCACAUAUAAAGAAACAGGAGAAGCGUCUUAUAGUUAUUUUAGAGAAUGCACAGUUGGAAACCGUUAAGGUUGGCAACAGCUAUGAACUUCUCAAUUGUGAGGACCAUGUUAAUAUAUUGAGGAAAAAUGACCGCGAUCCAGGAUCAUGUCGGCCCGAUAUCACCCACCAGUCUCUACUCAUGCUAAUGGACUCUCCCCUCAACCGUGCUGGUCUUCUCCAAGUUUACAUUCACACAGAGAAAAAUGUUUUAAUUGAAAUUAACCCACAGACAAGAAUACCAAGAACAUUCAAGAGAUUUGCAGGCUUAAUGGUUCAACUGCUACAUAAGUUUGCUAUUAGAGCCUCAGAAGGGCAGAUGAAAUUACUGAAGGUUAUAAAGAAUCCUGUGACGUCACAUCUUCCAGUGGGUGCCAAGAAAAUUACUAUGUCCUUUAGUUCUAAAGUUGUUACGAACUGUCGCGAGCUAGUUCCCAAAGAUGAUCCCAUUGUAAUAAUCAUUGGUGCAAUGGCUCAUGGUAAAGUGGAGGUGGAUUAUUCAGAGGAUGUUAUGUCGAUAAGUAACUACCCUCUAUCCGCUGCAUUGACAUGUGCAAAAUUGUGCACUGCUUUUGAAGAAGUUUGGGGUGUUGAAUGACAUUAUAAACUAUUAUAA